GCAGUCCUGGCGCCCAGGAGGAGGAGCCGAGCCGGAGAGUCCUGCUGAGCUCUUAGCUCUCGUGUUCCGGGGACUCGGUGCUUUCGUUUCCCGGCCACAUCUCCGCAGCCCGCCCUAGCCAGGUUUCGUUUUUUGACGUGUAGCCGAGGGCGGGAUCAGCGAGGCUGUCAUGGCCUUCCCUCGCCGCCCGCCCACACGGUGGCCACUGCUGCUCGGGCGACUCGCGGGGCGGCGGCACUCAGGGCUCUGCACCUGCACCCGGGCCAUGGCUCCGCCGCGCUGCUUCGCCCUGGAGCUCCCCGACAGUACUUUGACGCACUUUGCCCUGCACGCCCCCUCCCCAAGCGGCACGGACUCCUCCAGCUGGCGCCCGGAUCCCCGCCUGGCGUCACUGCUGGGACCCCCAGGACGCAGCUACUCGCUGUGCGUGCCGGUAGCCGCGGGAGUCAGCUGUGGGGAGCGGGUCCAGGCCGCCCGGCUGACCCAACGCCUGUUGCUCCAGCUGCGCAGGGGUCCCUUCCAGCAGUGCCGACUGAGCAGGCUCCUCUGCUAUGACCCUGAUGGCCAGGCUGGAGGCAUACACCACGGCUUCCUGCUGCGCGACCCCCACGACGGCCCCGCCACGCGGCAAGCUCUGUUGCACCUGCUGAACCAGGGUCAGGAGGCCACACGCCUGCACCUGGGCGAAUUCGACGUGGACCCGCAUGGAGAGCUGUGGCAGCGCCUCUGGGCUGUACAGGACGGAGAGCAGCUGCAGGUGGACUGUGCGCGUGUGGUGCCUGCCCGGGAGCCCCUGCUGCACCCUGCAGUGCCAGACCUGCCCAGCUCUGCGGUUUUCCCCGACCGAGAGACUGCCAGGGCAGUGCUGGAGGCGUGCACACCUUUUAUCCCCGAGGCCCGGGCUGUGCUCAAUAUGGUCGACCAGUGUCCCCAGCCAGCUCAGAAAGGGAAGUUCCACGUUAUUGUCAUCGAAGGACUGGACGCCACUGGGAAAACCACCGUGACCCAGGCUGUUUCUGACACCCUCAAGGCUGUCCUCCUAAAGUCCCCACCUGCUUGCAUCAGCCAGUGGCGGAAAAUCUUCGAUGAUGAACCGACGAUUGUUCGAAGAGCUUUCUACUCCCUCGGCAAUUAUAUUGUGGCUUCUGAAAUCGCCAGAGAAUCCAUUAAGUCCCCUGUGAUUGUAGACAGGUACUGGCACAGCACAGCAACCUAUGCCAUUGCCACUGAAGUGAGUGGGGGUCUGCAGCACCUGCCCCCGGUUCACCACCCUGUGUAUCAGUGGCCGGAGGACCUGCUCAAACCCGACCUAGUCCUGCUGCUCACCGUGAGUCCUGAGGAGAGGGCACGCAGACUGCAGAGCCGUGGUGUGGGGAAGACCCAAGAGGAGGCCCAGUUGGAGGUCAACAGCGCAUUUCGCCAGAAGGUGGAGGAGUCCUACCGGCGGAUGGAGAAUCCUGCCUGCCAUGUGGUAGAUGCCAGCCCCUCACAAGACAAGGUGCUGCACACGGUGUUAAGUCUGAUCCACCAUUCCUGCCACGAGAGGCGGUGACUGCAGCCAAGUGCCGUGUCCAGCUUCCCAGCACCCCUGCUGCCCCUGUGUGCUGUGUGCCGAGCACUGGAGCUGGCAUUUUAACCUCGCUCCCUGACUUGUCCUCCCUGAUGGAUGCAUGGAUCCAUAUGCACAAAUGAGGAAGUGCUCCAGUGAGAGGCUACGGCUGCUUCCUGUCUUCAGUGUGGGCCGUUUUCUUGGAGCGUGUCCUUAACUGAAUCUCUGGAAGGCUUGUCAGCUCCUCUUCUGGAUCUGGCUACAUUCCGUGGUGAGGGGCUCCCUGCAUCUUCCUCAGGCUCUUGCAGAAUCUGUGUGUCCUGUCCCCAUGGGAAUAGAACCAUUUGUGGUCAGGGGCCACUCAACCCAGGACAUCGACCCGCUCUCAGAGGCUCGUGCUCCCAGGGGCUACAGCUUAGAGUCAGAUGCGAAGAUACCUAGCCCAAGGUGAACUGACUGCAGUAACCAGCCUCCUCCCACUUCACGUUUGCUUGUGUGUCUCCCCCUGAGGUUUGGUCUCCACAUAAUGAGUGUUCUGUGUUGAGCCGGAUGCAUUAGCUAACUCAGGAGUUCAUUGAUACUGGCGUUUCCAUCAUGCUUCUCCGGUACAGGGGCUGAGUCACCACUUUAAGUCGAUACCCAGAAGAUAAAUGCAAUGCCCCUUAUGUGUUUUCAUUAUACAGAUUUAAUUCAUCUUGCUCAGUAAGCACAGUGGACCCUGGGAUGGGACUGAAUUAUCUUGCUGAUGAAUGUCUGAUGACUAUACUUGAAGUCAGGUUUGGAUAUGUUUGGCUCCGACAAACAGAUAAGCAAUGAGGGCAGUUAAUAUCUGUGUGGCCUUGGGGGAAAUCACUGGA